GGGGGAGCCGCGCUGAGAAGUGAAGCGCCGCUACGGCUCACUUUCGGUUCAUUACCCCCAAAAUAUCCCCACUAAAGACUUUGUCUUUAUUUGUCUACAACAAAGUGAAGAUUUAAGGUCGAAAAUGACGCGACUUCUGAUCGCUCUCGUGAUCGGCGUGGUACUGCUCUUCGCGGAUGCAAAAGAAUCCCCUCCCAAGGUGCAGGUGUACAGCCGUAACCCUGGGGAAUAUGGCAAGGGUAACACUCUCAUCUGCCACGUGAGCGGAUUCCACCCCCCUGACAUCACCAUCGAGCUGCUGAAGGACAACGUAGAGAUCCCCAGUGCCAAACAGACCGACCUGGCUUUCGAGCAGGGCUGGCAGUUCCAUCUCACCAAGACGGUGGAAUUCACACCAGUCAAGGGCGAGAACUACGUGUGCAGAGUCAGACACCUGUCCAACACCAAAACCUACACCUGGGAUCCUGAUAUGUAGAAAUUUGUAGAAGAAUAACGUUGGAUGCAGCCUCAGAUGUUCCCAGCAGCAAUGAAAAUAUCAGGAUUACAUUAACCAAUCACUGCAGGACAGAAAUCCCUGCUCCGGCAACAAACCAGAUCUCAGAUCAGACCAGAUAAGAUGUUGUAUUCUCAUCAGUUUUAAUUUAAAUGAUUGCUAAUAAAGUGCAUCACAACUUUUGUAAAUCAGUAAUCUUGCACUGUAACAUUUUUGUUACACAUGACUAUUCGAUGGGUGACAGAAUUGGAAUAUAACACUGUACCUACUUUUAUAGGUUAAACUGAAUAUAUUAUUUACAUUGAGGCAACUACAAAUAUUUUGUGUGAUCGAUUAGUUAAAACAUUGUAAUACCAGCCACCCAAAAGACAGUGAGGUGUUGUCAUUAUUAAAUUGGGGUCUUCUACAAAUAAAAUUACAUAUUGCUUUGUAUUUGAAGUCUGAAUCUAUAUGGCUGGCUAACAGUGGUUUUUUCUCACUUUUAAUGCUACAUAAUUAAGCUUUGUGAUUAGUGUUUGUAUGUUAGUAUAGCUUAGCUGACUAAUGUUAUAGAGUUACCAUAUAACUACAGAUAUGUUGUUUGUUGAUUUAUGUUUGCCUAUUGCUUUGUACUGAGCAUUUCUUUACGGUUUUCCAUUAUCCGGGAUAAAAAUCAUGUAAGAAACCUACGUCUUUGGAGCUGAAGCUAGUGUGCAAAAGAUAUGAAGUGUACUGCAAUAUUCACAUGACAGGAGAAAUGAAAAGCUCUGAAGUGGAGUAUUAUUUGGUGAACUUUAAAGCACACACCAAUAUCAUUGCAUACUUGCUAUAGAAAGAGUAAAAACCAAAAUCAUUACAAAUUACAACUUCUGAUUAAAUGUAAUGAAAUCAUAAAUGUAAUGUAAUGUUUCUUUGUAAUAAGAUAAAAACCUGUCUACUGGUUUCACAAUAAAAAUCAGAAAAACUGAAA